ACAUGGCCCAGGCAAAGGAGAUCAUCUCCUACUACCCCCCACAGUACAAGAAGGCAGCCGUCAUUCCUCUGCUUGAUUUGGGACAGAGGCAGAAUUCGGGUUGGACUUCGAUCUCGGUGAUGAAUGAGGUGGCCAGGAUUUUGGAGAUGCCGCCGAUGAGGGUGUACGAGGUGGCCAGCUUCUACACAAUGUUCAACCGAGAGCCCGUUGGCAAGUACUUCCUGCAGAUCUGCACUACUACGCCUUGCCAAUUGGGAGGAUGUGGCAGCACAAAGAUUCUAGAGACGCUGCAAGAUCAUCUCGGUAUCAAGCCUGGCCAGACGACAAAGGACAAGCUCUUCACUCUGCUCGAGGUGGAAUGUCUAGGUGCCUGCGCUAACGCCCCGAUGAUCCAAUGUAACGACCACUACCUGGAGGACCUGACACCCGAGACGACGAUCAAGAUCAUCGAGGACCUCAAGGCCGGAAAGGAGAUCAAGGCUGGGCCUCAGAGCGGCCGUCAUUCGUCGGAGCCAAAGGAGGGCAGGACGGCUCUGGUCACUGAGCCUUACUCCACUCAGUACAAUCGGGAGGAGUUUGCUUAGAACAGAAAGAGGGGUCGGAGAGUUAGUGGAUGUAGAGAAGGCGCAGAUGACUGGAUAUUGAGCGCGAAUGCUGCGACACCUUUGGCAGGAUCGUGUGCGCCGAUCGUUCAGGGCUAUGUCAGAGUCAUACAGAGAAGAUCAAGCGAUGAUAUCUGCUACUUGGCAUGCCUCCAUGAUUGUUGCUGGGAUGACUGAGUCUAGUCCUGGGGGUGGUGUGUAUGUACAAUGUCCCGCUGCCCUCCUCGGCUGCCCCGCGUCUACUUUUCCGUCUCCGCUUUGUUCCAGUCCGUGUUGCAUCUUCUGAUUUUCCGCAAGUGUCACUUGUCAC